CCCAACCCACCACCUACUCACUCCCUCACACCUUCACUCCUAAUCUACCACAACCGUCAAUCAUCAUGUCCAUCCCAAUCGUCGACUCCCACAUCCACCUCUUUCCGAAAUCCCACCUCCCCACCUUCACCUGGUACACUGAAGACAGCCCCCUCGCCAGUCAACAUAGUGUCGACGAAUACCGCGCCGCCUCCACACACGCCUCCCACCCCCAACCCCGCGGCUUCAUCUUCCUCGAAACUGACCGUCUCUCCUCCAUCGACGACACCCCCGAAGGUCACGGAUGGACGCACCCCCUCGACGAAGUGUCCUUCCUCACGCGGAUCAUCUCCGGCGCGCCCCAUCCAGGCGAAGGCCACACCGCAACCGACCAGCGUCUCUGUCUCGCCUUGAUCCCAUGGGCACCCGUCCCUGGGGGCCCAUCCGCCCUUGAAGCGUACAUGGCGCAGGUGCGCGCCCGCACGGGAACCAACACAACCGCGUGGAAGAAAGUCCGCGGGGUGCGGUACCUCGUGCAGGAUAAGCCGCGGGGGGUCAUGGGACAAAGGGAUUUCAUAGAGGGUGUUCAGUGGUUGGGUCGACAGGGGUUGACGUUCGAUUUGGGGGUGGAUGCGCGGAGUGGUGGUUUGUGGCAAUUGGAGGAGGCCGUUGAGAUGAUGGAAACGGUGUACGGAGGUGUUGCCUUGAAGGAGCAGACUUCGGUUAUUAUCAACCACCUCUGUAAACCCAACCUGCGACUCUCUGGCUCCGAUACGACGGAGCAUAUGGACUUUCGCGCGUGGAAGGCCCUGGUCGAGCGCAUGGCGCGCUGGCCCAAGACGUACAUGAAGCUGUCAGGGGCAUUCUCGGAGUUGCCCCCGCUGUCAGCGGAGAAGGAUCCUGACAUCCUCGAUCUCGUGCAACAGCUACAGCCCUGGGUGGAGGUAAUCUUCCGGUGCUUUCGGCCCGAACGGGUGAUGUUCGGGUCGGACUGGCCUGUGUGCAAUAUUGGGGGCGGCGGUAAUGCCGUGUCCUGGGGACGGUGGCAGGCUAUUGUUGAGGGGAUUCUCGAGAGACAGGGCCUGAACGAAGGACAGAAGAGAAGAGUUUGGGGAGGGACUGCCGUGGAGGCAUAUGGGAUUGAGGUCUGA